AUGGCCGACGGAGUUCUCUCUAAUGUUGUCGGAGAUAUCAUUACCAAGCUGGGUUCUCGAGCCCUUCAUGAGAUCGGAUUGUGGUGGGGCGUCAAAGGUGAGCUUAAGAAACUUGAGGCCACAGUUUCUAGUAUUCGCAAUGUUCUUCUGGAUGCCGAGGAGCAGCAGAAACUUAACCGUCAAGUGAAAGGCUGGCUUGAGAGGCUAGAAGAAGUUGUUUAUGAUGCUGAUGACUUGGUAGAUGACUUCGCCACAGAAGCUCUAAGGCGCCGAGUGAUGACUGGAAAUAGAAUGACAAAGGAGGUAAGUCUCUUCUUUUCAUCUUCAAAUCAACUUGUUUAUGGUUUUAAAAUGGGUCAUAAAGUUAAGGCGAUUAGGGAGAGGCUAGCUGAUAUUGAAGCUGACAGAAAAUUUAAUUUAGAGGUUCGUACUGAUCAGGAGAGUAUUGUAUGGAGGGAUCAAACUACGUCCUCUUUACCUGAAGUGAUUAUUGGGAGAGAGGGUGACAAAAAGGCAAUUACAGAACUUGUAUUGUCUUCCAAUGGUGAAGAGUGUGUUUCAGUCCUCUCAAUUGUUGGAAUUGGAGGAUUAGGGAAGACCACUCUUGCUCAAAUCAUAUUGAAUGAUGAAUUGAUUAAGAAUUCAUUUGAGCCAAGAAUAUGGGUGUGUGUUUCAGAACCUUUUGAUGUGAAAAUGACUGUUGGAAAGAUUCUAGAGUCUGCAACAGGGAAUAAAUCGGAAGAUCUUGAGUUAGAAGCAUUGAAGUCUAGACUGGAAAAAAUUAUUUGUGGGAAGAAAUAUCUGCUUGUUCUAGAUGAUGUGUGGAAUGAGAAUAGAAAAACAUGGCAGAAUUUAAAGAGAUUAUUAGUGGGUGGCUCUAGUGGAAGUAAGAUAUUAAUAACCACUCGCUCUAAAAAGGUGGCAGAUAUAUCUGGCACAAUAGCACCACAUGUUUUGGAAGGCUUAUCUGUGGUGGAGUCUUGGUCUUUGUUUUUGCAUGUAGCACUUGAGGGGCAGGAGCCAAAACAUGCAAAUGUAAGAGAGAAGGGAAAGGAGAUUCUGAAGAAAUGUCAUGGAGUUCCUCUUGCAAUAAAAACUAUCGCAAGUCUCUUGUAUGCGAAAAAUCCAGAAACUGAGUGGCUGCCCUUUUUGAGAAAAGAACUCUCAAGAAUAAGUCAAGAUGGUAAUGAUAUUAUGCCAACACUGAAACUAAGCUAUGAUCAUCUCCCAUCACAUUUGAAGCAUUGUUUUGCAUAUUGCGCAAUAUAUCCAAAAGAUUAUGUGAUUGAUGUGAAAACAUUAAUCCAUUUUUGGGUUGCACAAGGGUUUAUUGAGUCACCAGGUACCAGUGAUUGUCUUGAAGAUAUUGGGCUUGAAUAUUUUAUGAAACUGUGGUGGAGGUCAUUUUUUCAAGAGGUGAAAAGAGAUAGAUGUGGAAAUGUCGAAAGCUGUAAAAUGCAUGAUUUAAUGCACAAUCUCGCAACUAGAGUGGAUGAGAAGAGGAUUCAGCUAGUAAAUUUUAAUACACCAAAUAUUGAUGAGAAAACCCAUCAUGUAGCAUUGAAUUUAGAUGUUGCACCACAAGAAAUUCUUAACAAUGCUAAAAGAUGUCUGCCUCAAGAGAUGCGUUCCCUCACCUCGUUACGAGAAUUGAAUAUCAAUGACUGUCCCCAAUUGAAGGAAAGAUGUGGAAAUAGAGAGGGUGCGGAUUGGGCUUUCAUUUCUCACAUCCCAAAUAUUGAAGUUGAUGACCAAAGAAUUCAAAGAGAGGGCCGCUAUCUACUGGAUGAUGAAGCUUCGAUCAAUGAAGGAUAA